UCGAUGAAGAUCCUCUUCGUUUGCAUCGGCAACUCGUGCCGUUCGCCUAUGGCCGAAAGUGUGAUGAAAAGCAUUGCCGCACAACACAACCUCACCGACUGGUACGUUGACAGUGCCGCGUUACGCGAGUGGAACGUUGGCCGACAGCCGAAUGAGCGAGCGCUUGCCGUGCUGGCAGAGCACGAGCUCACCUCCGAUCACAUCGGACGGCUGGUCUGCUCGGAUGAUUUCCGUCAGUUUGAUUAUGUGUUUGGCAUGGACGAGUCGAAUGUGGCCGAUCUACUGCAUCUGGCACCGGUUGACGGGAGGGCGAAGAUAGAGCUGCUUGGAAACUACCGUGGCAGAGAGCUGGACAGGAUUAUCAUCGAUCCGUACUUUGAACACGGCAUACACGGGUUCCGGCGCUGCUUCGAUCAGAUAGUGAGUUGCUGCGAAAAUUUCGUCAAAACUCACGGACGUCCGGUAUCGCAAGAGCUGUGGGAAAAUUGA